CGUGCAGUGACGUCAUAAUAGUUGCGCUCGCUACAGCUCGCCGGUCGUUUGAGAGAAGAUUGAGGCGUUUUUGUGAGUUCUUCAUUAUAGGUCUAAUGGAAAUGAAAGAGGAAGGUCAAGAACAAAAUGAAAUGAAGGAUGAACAUCAGCACCAACAUUUUACAAGUCAAGAAAAUCGCUUACAGACUGAUGAGGAUUCAUCUCAGGGAAGAGCAGAAGCCCAAAUUUUUGCACGCCAUCUUCAUGGUCUAAUGGAAAUAAAAGAGGAAGGUCUAGAACAAAAUGAAAUGAAGGAUGGACAUCAGCACCAACAUUUUUCAAGUCAAGAAAAUCGCUUACAGCCUGAUGAGGAUUCAUCUCAGGGAAGAGCAGAAGCUCAAAUUUUUGCAUGUCAUCUUUAUGGUCUAAUGGAAAUGAAAGAGGAAGGUCAAGAACAAAAUGAAAUGAAGGAUGAACAUCAGCACCAACAUUUUACAAGUCAAGAAAAUCGCUUACAGACCAAUGAGGAUUCAUCUCAGGGAAGAGCAGAAGCCCAAAUUUUUGCAUGCCAUCUUUAUGGUCUAAUGGAAAUGAAAGAGGAAGGUCACGAACAAAAUGAAAUGAAGGAUGAACAUCAGCACCAACAUUUUACAAGUCAAGAAAAUCGCUUACAGACUGAUGAGGAUUCAUCUCAGGGAAGAGCAGAAGCCCAAAUUUUUGCAUGCCAUCUUUAUGGUCUAAUGGGAAUGACAGAGGAAGGUCAACAACCGAUGGAGAAUGAACAACAGCACCACCAUUUCAUAAAUCAAGAAAAGUGCUCACAGAUGGACGAGGGUUCAGCUGAAGAAAGAACAGACGCCAAAAUCUCUUUUGCAUGCAGUCUUCAUGAUGAGACUCUUUCACAAAAAGGACAUUUAAAUGUUGACUUAAAGACUCACACAGGAGAAAUGCAAAACACCUUUCCUCAAUGUGAGAAGACUUGCAGAAGUAAAAGCCACCCUGAGGAUCAUUUAGUAAAUCACACUGGUGAGAGGACCUUUGCGUGCCCCCAGUCUGAAAAGACUUACAAACUAAAAGGAGAUCUUAAGAAAAAUUUAAUAAUUCACACAGAUGACGGUCUCUUCACUUGCCCAAAAUGUAGAAAGAUCUACAGACAAAAAAGACAUCUUGAGAAACAUUUAUUAAGUCACACUGGUGAGAGACCCUUUGCAUGCCCUCAGUGUGAUAAGUGUUUUGAACGAAAAAGAAAUCUUACUGUCCACUUAAAGACUCACACUGGAGAAAAGCCCUACAGCUGCCCUCAGUGUGACAAGUGUUUUAAUCGAGAAAAACAUCUUAAUGUUCACAUGAAGACUCACUCUACUGAAAGGCCACACGCCUGUCCUCAAUGUGGAAAGACCUUCAGACAAAAAAGGCACGUUAGGGAUCAUUUAGUGAUUCACACCGGUGAGAAGACCUUCACCUGCCCUCAGUGUCAUAAGAGUUUUUUACGAAAAAGUAAUCUUUAUGUUCACUUAAAGACGCACAUUGAAGAAAGGCCCUUCACAUGCCCUCAUUGUGGAAAGACCUACAGAAAUACUGGGGACCUAAAGGAUCAUUUAUUUACUCACAGUGUUGAGAAGCCCUUCAUCUGCCCUCAGUGUGAUAAAGGUUUUUUACGAAAAAAUUUGUUUAAUCUUCACAUAAAGACUCACACUGAAGAAAGGCCAUAUGCAUGUCCUCAUUGUGAAAAGACCUACAGAAAUACUAGGCACCUUAAGGAACAUUUAGUUACUCACACUGGUGAGUGGCCCUUCAUCUGCCCUCAGUGUGAUAAGGGUUUUAAACGAAAAUAUCGUCUUAAUGUUCACUUAAAGACUCACACUGAAGAAAAGACAAACACGCGUGAAACGUCCCUGAAACAACAUAAAAUACGUCUCACUGACCACAAGCCUUUCUCUUGCCCUCAGUGUGGAAAAAAAUUUUCAAUCAGAAGAACCCUCAAUGUUCACAUGAGGAGUCACAGUGGUGAUGGGCUUUACACCUGUCCUCAAUGUGAAAAGCGUUUCACAACAAAACCAAAUCUUGUAAAUCACAUACGAGUUCACACUGGAGAGAAACCUUUCAGGUGCCCUCAGUGUGACAAGAGUUUUACACAACGUGGACAUCUUCAGUAUCACAUACGAAUUCAUACAGGUGAGAAGCCUUACUCAUGCCAUCUGUGUGAUAAGCGUUUCACACAUUCACAACGUUUCAAAAAGCAUCUGCUGUCUGACCAUAAUGGAGAAAACCCCUAAAAGUGUUCACAUUGUUUAAAGAGUUUUAUUGAGUCUGUGACGCUGAUCAAACACAAGUGACUGUAUACUGGAGAGAAGCUGCACCGCUGUCAUUCAUGUUGGAGAAGUUUCAGACGAUCACACAGCUGCAGACUCGCAGAGAAAAGAGCUGACUGAGUGAACAGAAAUCAACUUCAGUCUUCAGGUCCAAGCACAUGAUGUGAAAUACAGUUGAACUUUAUGACUGAAUUACUCCAAAUAUAUAAUAUAUAUUUUUUUUAUUUGCUGAAAUUUGAUAGCUAAACAUACAGUUGCCCUGGAGGUCUUAACUAGAUUUAGAUACUUUUCAGUUAACCCUUAUACUAGGUCUUGGGUCAAUUUGAUUCAUUUUGAUUUUUAAAGCAACACUAAAGAGUUUUUAUUACCUUAAAAUAACGUUUCCAAAAAAGUUUUAGUCAUUCAUCCACUCGAAACAGGGUGAACGGCACUUUCACGUUCGCUUUGCAGCCCUCUAUCGGCCAAAACCGCACUAAAGAAGUUUCCAACCGUCCAACCGUCGGGGUAGUUCGAGUGAAAACUACAAAAACUUGCUUUAAGGCAGACCUACAAUCCAAUCAGAACCAGCUUUGCUGCAGUAGGCUAAAUUAUUUACAACAGUGUUAAUGGACAAUUCCGCUUCCAACCUGUAGGGGGAGCAAAGAGCAAAAACUCCUUAGUGUUGCUUUAAGCAGUCAGAAAAAAACACUUUUUUCUGUGAUUUUAUUUUGUGACUUUCUAAUUUAUUGCCGUGAGCAUGCAUGCAAAUUUAGGAUAUGCAGAUGUUUUGAAGUGUACACAAAUUAUUUUGUAAUGAUUUUGAUGUUUGCGGGUAAAUUUGAACCAGAAAUUUUUGUUUCAGAACAACUGUACAGACCCAAAUUAAAUAUAUGUUUUCAGUGUAUAUUUCUAUAUUUGGUGUUUUAUUAUCCUGAAAUGGGGUUAAAAUGCUUCUCCUCACUCUUUUGAGUACUGAAAAAGACUUUUACAGAUGGGCCAUUCUACAGAAACGUCCACUUUUGGUACGACAAGAUGUCUUAAAAUUGAUUUCUUUUUCUAACAUUUAAACUUAGAUUACUCUUUGACUUUAUGAGUACACAUAAAUGACAGCUUAAUAUUUUUUUAUUUUUUGUGUGCAUGUACUUAAAGUACAUGCAUACAUACACCAUUUUUUUGUCCCUGGUGUCACAUUUAGCAAUAUUAAAGGUGUUUAUGAAAUAUUGUUUUUAAUUUGUUUCAGCUUUAAAGCUUAAUUCUUAAGUGUGGCAGAAUUCAAUGAAUUUAAAAUUGUCAUCAUCACAUGUGACAGAUUUUAUUUAAUGUAAAAGAAAAAAAACAGUAACACCAGUGGACACAACAAAUCACCAGUCACGGGUGUUACUGAUCUUUACUGGUGUUACCCAUAAGGAAGGUAACACCAGUGACAAUUUUUAUGAAAACUGCAUUUUACAAAAUUACUGCUGCAAAGUAUCAAACCACAUGUUAUCAAUCAUUGUAUACUCACUAAAUUAAGUAGUUUAAUCCAUUUGUAUUAUAGUUUCUUGUUUCUAAUUCCCAAACAAUAAAGGAGGUCAUACCAGUGACUUAAACUAAAAGCAUCAUAUGAAAUCAUGAGAUAAAUGAGAAGAUUUCUGAUAACUGAAAAGAGAUGGACUUACCAUAAGCUUCUCUUCAUAGAUCUCCAGGAAAGUGAAAGAAGGAAGUCAAGUGAUGUCGUCAGUGUGAUUUUUAUUUAAAAGUAAGAGCUUUUUUGUUAAACUGUAACACCAAUCACACAACUCCAGGGUACCACUACUUUCAUUAUAUAUUUUAUAAUAUUUAUUUAGCUUUUUUUUUAUUUUAUUGUAAUUUACAUCAUAUAUUUGAUAGUUAUGGACACAUUGUAUUUUAAGUGGAAGAAAACACUGUUUUUGAUCUCAGAAUAAAGCACUUUCCCUCUCUACAUGACUGUGGGGACGAGCACUUCUGUGGUGCUUGGAAUUCUAAUUAAUUAAUAAAAAUCAAAUAUUGCUACAUUGAUGGCUCAAGAAGGUGUAAUUGUUCAAAUAACAUAUUGUUUCAUUUUAAAAUUUUGAGGGAAAAAAAUGUAACCCUAAAGUGUUUUUCAAGUGUAAUAUUUCUGUAAAGGCUAGGGACAGAAAAAUGUACAUUUCCAUAGAAUGAGACACAGAUGGUAAAAGUGAGCUAUCAUUUCUAUUUACAAUAUAUGUGAAAUACCACUUCAGUUAUGUUUUUCUUCCAGACAUUUUGUCACUUUUUCUCAUUUAGGGCCAUGAACAUGUAUGCAGAGUAAGGAUACACUGAUGUGUUGUGUAGUUUUGUAGGAUACACUGAAGUGUUUUUAACACAAAUAUGAAAUUAAGAUUUUUAUGUUUGUGGGUCAAUUUGACCAAUAUUUUUUUGUUCCAAGGCAACUGUAUAGACACAAAUUAAAUACAUUUAUUGCAUAUAUGUUGAUGUUUUAUUACCCUGGAAAGGGAAAGUGAGCUUUUGCUCACUAUUUUCAGUACUGAUAAAGACUUCCUCAGACACAGAAAAGUAAAAGUGAGCUAUCAUUUCUAUUUUUAAUGCAUAUGAAAUACUUCGUAAAGCAGAUUAAUUCAGACCCACAGAAAAUCCAGAGGUGAACACAGUUGAUGCCAGUUGUGCCCCACAAAACAUGACACCAAAACAAAAUUUGUUAAAAAUGCAAGUAGGCAGAAAGCAUAUGCUUGAUGUGUGCACAUCAUGUAAACAGUUUUUUCUUGUUCAAUGAGCCUCAAGAACAAAAGGUGAGCCUGUUUAGCAAAAGAAAAGCUUAAUUUCAUUGCACGGCAAUGUUAAAUUGUUUAUUUAGAAUGUUUUAAACAUAUGUAU